UUGCAUUUCUGCCGCUGUUGCUGCGGAGGGGAAUCAGCCAGCCCCUGUGGAAUGUCUCUGAUACUGCACACUGUGACAAAGUCUCAAGUGAGCAAACGUGUCCUCAUCCCCACAAGGAUGCUGAGACAGGUGGGAUGUCUUCUGAGGGCGAUCAGAAUGGAGAGAGCAUCCACGCUCCGAAGAAGCCCUCCUGUGGGAGAAGCUCCUUGGGGCCUGUUGCGCCCAGUCCACGGACACAACUGCCCUCACUGGGGCAGCCCCUGGACUGUGGGAGAGGAGCACUGUUUAUAGUGAGUCCCUCACACAGAGAGGCCCACAAGCAAAGUCACCAUGCAGUGAACCCGUCCAAGUGUAAGGAAUGUAGGGGAGCCUUCCCGUGUUCUCAGCACCAUGAUGUUCCCUUAGAAAUCUCCAGUGGACAGAACCCCCAGCAGUGUGACACUCUGAGUCAAGCAUCACUCCAUUGUGACCAUUCGAACCUUCACACAGGAGAGAAGUCGAAUAAGUGUAAAGAAUGUGGGAAGGCCUUCAGUCGAUCCUCAAACCUUAUUAUACAUAGAAUUCAUGCUGGCGAGAAACUGUAUGCAUGUAAGGAAUGUGGGAAGGCCUUUACCAAACCCUCAAGCCUCAGUAUGUACAGGAAGAUUCAUAUUGGAGAGAAACCUUAUCUAUGUGAGAAAUGUGGGAAGGCCUUUCUUCACUUCUCAAGCUUUUCUGGGCACAGGAAAAUUCACACGAGGGAGAAACCUUUUUCAUUUCAGGACUCUGGGAAGGCCUUCUCUCUCUACACAAGCCUUUCAUGUCAUAGGAAAACUCAUGCUGGAGAGAAGCUUUAUUCAUCUAAGGAGUGUAGGAAGGCUUUUGCUCAUUACUCAAAUCUUUCUAUGCAGAAGAAAAUGCACAAUGGAAAGAAACUUUAUAUAUGUAAGAAAUGUGGGAAGACCUUUGCUUAUUCCUCAAGCCUUUGGAAUCACAGGAAAAUUCAUACUGGAGAGAGACCUCACAGAUGUAAAGCAUGUGGAAAGGCCUUCACUCGCUCCUCAGCCCUGACUGUGCAUAUGAAAACUCAUUCUGGAGAGAAGCCUUUUAAGUGUCAGGAGUGUGGGAAGGCCUUCACUAGAUCCUCAAGCCUUGCUGCCCAUCGGAGAUCUCAUGCUGGGGAGAAACCUUUUCUGUGUGAGGAAUGUGGGAAGACAUAUUCUUAUUUCUCAAGCCUUUGUAUCCAUAGGAAAGUUCAUACUGGAGAGAAAUCUUAUGUUUGUGAGGAAUGCGGGAAGGCCUUCUUUCAAUAUGGGUUCCUUAAUAAGCACAGGAAAAUUCACAGUGGAGAGAAACCUCAUCAGUGUCAGACAUGUGGGAAGGCCUUUACUCUGCCCUCAGGCCUUAAUAUGCAUAUGAAAAUUCAUACCAGAGAGAAGCCUUACAUAUGUCAGGAGUGUGGGAAGGCCUUUUCUAGGUCCUCAGGACUUACUGUGCAUAGGAGAAUUCACACUGGAGAGAAACCAUUUAUAUACAAAGAAUGUGGGAAGGCCUUUUCUCAAUCUGGGUUCCUUAUUAAUCACAGGAAAAUUCACAGUGGAGAGAAACCUCAUCAAUGUCAGACAUGUGGGAAGGCCUUCACUCUGCUCUUAGGCCUUACAAUGCAUAUGAAAAUUCAUACUGGAGAAAAACCUUAUGUUUGUAAGGAAUGUGGGAAGGCCUUCUCUCAAUCGGGUGCCUUGCUAAGCACAGGAAGAUUCAUAGUAAAGAGAAACCUCAUCGGUGUCAGACAUGUAAGAAGGCCUUCACUCUGCCCUCAGGCCUUACUACACAUAUGAUGAUGCAUACUAGACAGAAAUCUUAUACAUGUAAGGAAUGUGGGAAGGCCUUCGUGUUCCCCUCAAGCCUUAGGAAACAUAGUAAAAUUCAUACUGGAUGACUUGAUCCCCCUAAUAAAAAUCCCAAAGGUCUAAACAAGCGCCCACAGUCAGACAAGUUUCCUUCAGACAAGGGGUCAGGGGUGUUACAACUGCACAGCCAAGAAGGAAAUAAUGCUGGUAGCAUGUGACAAGCUUCCCAUGAUAUCAGUACCAUAAGGGAAAGGUACUUGAUGAUCACCUGGGCUAUGACUAUGCCAGUGUCCUGGCAUUUGGAGUUCACAUGUAUAUUAGCUUGUAAAUGAUGGGUCUUGGUGAUGGAAGCCAGGAGGAAGGUGACUAAAUAAACAGGUACAAAAAAUGUUCCUUGCUCCAUGCACUGUGUCCUUGUUUGCUCUCACUCUGGCUUGGCCUAGAGGUCCUGAUUUCGGGGAAUUCUGGCAGAGAUCAACCACGAAGCUGCUGUGAAUCCUCUGAAAUUGGAAAAACAGGCAAACCUUCAUUCUCCAGGCCUUCCUGUUAUGUUUUGGGGUGCCACACCCUUCUGUGCUCAGAUCUUACUCCUGACUCUGAGCUCAGGGAUCCAUACAGGGGUGGGAAAGGAGGAGGAGGGGACACAGGUAUCCUUUUGUGUGGAGAGCCACCAUGGGACCAUGCUUUGUAGAGCUCUUUGUAAUCAACACCUGUGUGCUUCGAAAACAACUCCUAAUAAGGAAACAGGAUGUCUUGCCACGCCUAUAAGCUGUGACUAACCUAUCAGAUGCGGACACGUGGGCAUAAGCAGGCAGCGAGAGGUAUAUAAGGGGGGAGGUCACCUAGCUAGUGGGUUCUCCCUCAUGCGUCCCUUUUUCCGCCUUACUCCACGUCCCCUUUCCUGAUUUCUUCUCUAACGCAUGAGAAAGUUCCUAAAUAAAUCGCAGCCAAAAGGAUCUCCGAGUUGCGUGUUUCUUCGCUGGACGAAGCGGCGCGCGACAGCUGGUGGCCCGUACGGGGAACCCGACCUCCAGUACCCUCCCGGUGGAUUCAGAACUUGCUGCGAUUUAUUCAGGACUAAGGUUCACGAGAAAUCGUGACGAUGAGGUUCCUGUGGUAAGUCAGGACUAAGGUUCACGAGAAGUCGCGACGAUGAGGUUCCUGUGGUAAGUCAGGACUAAGGUUCACGAGAAGUCGUGACGAUCAAGUUCCUGUGGUGAGUCAGGACA